AUGGAGGUUGUGCUACCUGCGUCAACUAACGGAACCCAUGAGCGUCCCAACGAUCACUGGACGACCGUGCAGACGCUAAUACCGCACGUCCAACCUGCCGCGAUGGUGAUCAAGAUGGGCUUCAACAAGGUGUUCCUGUUCCGGCCUGUGACGCACUACGUGUUCUCGAUGAAGUGCCCAGCCACCCACGCUUGGUGGAGCGUUAUCGACGGUCCUUUUCCUCGCAAGCGUCUACGCGACGGCGGCGACGAAAUCAAGGCCGAGCGCCUCGUUGGUCUCCGCAGGUUUUCCUCCAUCUUGGUCACGAUUCGGUUGAGCUGCAUGGGGUUGGCGCUUCAAUUCGAGGCCCCUACGGCGUUGUUCGUGUACUACAUUAACCACAUCUACCACAAACUCUCGGGGUUCUUGCACGUACCGGAACCUCAGGUGCACCAAGAGCUCCGUCAUGUGAUCGGCAAGAUAUCCCCUCACAUUUCUCCCGCCGUGACGAGGCCGACGACGGUCCAUCCACAGGGCGGCCAUGAUUCAGCCAGGGACACUGAUGGGGCAGAUAUCGUGUGCGCCAUUUGCCUGGACGGGAUCGGCGACCCCCGCGAGACAGUCGAGCUGGUUCAAUGCGGCCACUUGUUCCACAAGGAGUGUGUCGGCAGUUGGCUACAAGACCACUGCACGUGCCCGCUCUGCCGGACCAUGUCGUUUGACGAGGAGUUCAUGGUCGAGUACGUUACCCAAACGGUGCUGACCAAGAGCCAUAAGGACAUCUUAUAUCUCCUCCACAAAGCUCAUCUGCAGUUCAAUCAGUUCCGUGAGAAGGACAUGUCCAGGAACAUCCGCGCUUUUCAUCACCACCCCAACCAUCAUGGGGCUUUCCAAGCCGUCGUAGAAGGUGCCACGUGUGCCGUUUGCAUGGACGAGUUCCGCCACACUCCCCGUCACGAUAUCGUCGAACUUGAGUGCGGCAUCGCCAUUGCAUCUAUGCCUGAUUGGGGGAUUGCACCACGUGUCCGAUCUGCCGCCGACUGAUCCACUACGGAUUCCUCCCGCCUUCUCCUUCGUGAACGGAAUCGCGCUGGUCCAGAACACGGGCGAAGGCGCGAGUUUCAGUGGGAUGCUUAUGGGUAUUCAACGUACACUGGCGGUGGUCCAUCCGUCUCAACAAGCUCCGUUGGAAACCAAGGCGUCUCCGACGAGCGAGCCACGCGCCAGACCUCAUUCCAUCAUCACGUUCGGGUGUUCGUACGACGGGAAGUCGUACGAUCGUCUACGCCAUGCCCUUGCCAAAGAUAGGGUGUUGCAACGGCGAGCAAAGCGUUCGCUUUGACCAGCGCUGCCUUUUGAUACCACGCGACCGCCACGACCCCAAAGGCGACUACUGCACACGGCCUGUACAGUUUGUUAGAGCGAGGUAGUCGAGCGCGUGGCUGCAAAGCCAGUAGGAGUAGGUUCAAGAGUGAUUCAUUGGUGGUUAACGUCUCUGGUCUCUGU